AUGGACAAUCUCACAGACGUGACAGAAUUCCUGCUCGCGGGGUUUUCUGACAUCGGGGCACCGCGGGCGCUGCACGCUGCGCUGUUUCUGCUGGUUUAUGUGGCAGCUCUGGCGGGGAACCUGCUUGUCCUCGCCGCCGUCGCUCUGGAUCCGCGCCUGCGCACUCCCAUGUACUUCUUCCUGAAGAAUCUCUCUGUCUUGGAUUUGUGCUACGUCUCGGUCACGAUACCGAAGUCUGUCCACAGCUCCCUGACUCGCAGCAGCUCCAUCUCUUAUCUUGGCUGUGUGGCUCAAGUCUAUUUUUUCUUUGCUUUCGCAUCUGCCGAGCUGGCCUUUCUCACUGUCAUGUCCUAUGACCGCUAUCUUGCCAUUUGUCACCCCCUCCAAUACGCAGCCGUGAUGACAUCAGGAAAAUGCCAGCAGAUGGCCGUCAUCGCCUGGCUGAGUUGCCAUUCCUACGCGGCAGUCCACACCGGCAACAUGUUUUGGGAGCACAUUUCAAGGUCCAAGGUGAUCCACCAGUUCUUCUGUGACAUUCCUCACGUGUUGGCCCUGGUUUCCUGUGAGGUUUUCUUUGCAGAGUUCGUGGCCCUAGCCCUGAGCUCAUGCUUGGUGCUGGGCUGCUUUGUCCUCAUGCUGAGCUCCUAUUUCCGAAUCUUCGCAGCUGUGCUCAGAAUCCCUUCCACAGAGAGCCGGGCGAAAGCCUUCGCCACCUGCUCCCCGCAGCUGGGCGUCCUCACACUCUUCCUCGCCACCGGGCUCCUGGCAGCCUUGGGCCCGACCACAGCGACCUCAUCUCCUCAGGAUCUGGUAAUUGCGCUGGCCUACACAGUUUUGCCUCCUUCCCUGAAUCCCGUCAUAUACUGUCUGAGAAAUAAGGAGAUCAAAAUGGCUGUGUCAAGACUACUUGACAAGAUAAAUCUGCUGCAAAAGUAG